AUGGCCUCAAAGGAACAUACUUGUGAAAAUAAUAAAAAAACCCGAUCAAAAAAUACUGAUUUUAUUAAAAAAUAUAAUCCAAACAUAUCAUUUUGUGAUACUUCUCCCAUAACUAAGUCAGAUCCAUUCUCAAACGUAUACAAAGGUCUUACAGGUCAUUAUAAGAACAUACUUAUUAAUUACUGGCAAAAUGCAAUAAAAGAAAUAGAAAACAAAGAUUAUGACUUUAAAGUCCAUCCAUUGCCUUUAGCAAGAAUAAAAAAAGUAAUGAAGAUAGACGAAAAUGUUAAAAUGAUAUCUACGGAAGUACCUAUUUUAUUUGCAAAAGGAUGUGAUAUUUUUAUUAAAGAGCUUACAUUACGUGCAUGGAUUCAUGCAAAAGAAAAUAAAAGACGAAUAUUACAAAAAUCAGAUAUUGCAAAUGCAAUAUCAAAGUCAGAUAUGUUUGAUUUUUUGCUAGAUAUUGUUUCAAAGGAAGAUGAUGAAAGUUUGAAAAAUGAAAAGGCUUAUAUGACAAAUAUUUCUAAAUUAAACUUUAUUUCAAAAAUUCAAAAUCCAUUUAUUAAUAAUACAGAUGAUAACUUUUCUAAAACAUACGUAACUGACCAAAUAUCAAGCAAUAAUUCGAAUAUAAAAAAUGAAAGGAAUAAAUUGGAGAAUCAAUCUCAUAUUUCAAACCAAGAAAUUUAUACAAAUCAUAUUUAUGAUACCCAAUUAUUAUAUAACACGAUGGAUUCAUCCAAAAAUAAGAUAAAUGAUCAGAGACCAGUAAAUAUAAUACAAGAGUAUAAAUCUACAUUUAAUAUUAAUGCAAAUUAA